CCCAAAAUGAUUAUAAAGUUCGAAUUUUCAUUUUUAGUUAUAGUGUUACAGAUUGAAUGAAGUAACUAACCAUAUUAAAAGUAUGAAACAAAAAUAAAUAAAAAUUAAAAUCCGGUGGUUACAUCCACUCCCCCCCUCAAUCCAUUCUUUCUCGUGACUUAAAUACAGUUAUCUAACAAAUCUCUUCACCUUUCCACCUCAAAACAACAAUCAAAUUUCUUUCAAUAUGUAAAGAUAGCAAUAAUUUAUGAAAAAAAAAGGCCCCUGGCUUGCGCUAAUAGCACUUAUUUCCUUAUCUUCUGAUUGAUUUCGACCCAUGGAAGGAAGUCGAGCAUAUUCACAAGUGAGUGUAGAAUCCCCAAACGACGGCGGCGGCGGCGCCGGCGGCGUUGUUUCUGAAACAUCAUUCCAGAAACGACGCUGCUGUUUCUGCUUCGACUGGGGUUCAACCCGGUCGCCAACACGGGGGCCGAACUGGUGGCAGAGGGUCCGUUCCGGCGAGCUCGGGCGAGAUAAAUCGUUGUGGAGCCGGGGGAUCAACGCGUUUAAGAAAAUCCGAGAGUGGUCGGAGAUCGUAGCCGGGCCGAGAUGGAAGACGUUUAUUAGGCGGUUCAACCGGGGUGGUAGUCGGAAGAAUAACAGUUCGAAUUGCCGGUACGACCCUCUGAGUUACGCCUUGAAUUUCGAUGAGGGGCCGGGCCAGAACGAGGAUUUCGACCGAGACGACGAUCAUCGAUUGAGGAAUUUCUCCGUCAGAUAUGCUUCUAUUCCUGCGGCCGGGAAAGGAUCGGCGGCGGACAGCACAGAUGGGCCAAAUUUCGUGUAACGUGCGCUGGAGCAUCUAACAUGCGCAUGGGGCGGUUACAGCUAAGCAUGAUUCUGAUAGGUUGUUUAUUUAUGAAUGAUUUUUUUUUUUAUGUACUUAUCUCUUAUUUUUGUAAAUAAUGUUUUUUUUUCUGUAAUUGAAAAUGAUUGGAGUCGAGAAUUUGUCUGUUUCAGAUUGGUUUAUAGAUGGGGUUUUGUGUGUCUGAUUAUUUACGCUAUAUCCGGGGGAGAAUGUAGCGUAGAUAAAUGAUGAAAGAAUAUGUUUUGGGUUUGAAAGCUUUUGGACUCCAUUUUAUUCUAUUUUUACUGACAUGCAGCCCUUAAGAUUAUUCCUUUUUUAAAAAAAAAAUCGCAUAAAGUUUUUUAAUCUCUCUGGUAUCACUCACGCAGUUUUGUAGCUAAAUUUGAUGAUCUUUUCUACUCUAUAAUGAUAUGGGCUUGUUUGGCCAAUAUUUUAUUUUGUUUUUGUUUUAGUUUUUUAUUUGAUUUUAAGUUGUGAUUUAAAAUAUUUUUUGAG